CGGAGAUCCAAAGAAGAUCUCUUGCUUGUUGAUUUCUGCCGUUCUGUUUUUCUUCAUUGGCUGCUCUGUUGCCAUUACCUUGCCAUUAUUGUUGUCGCUGCCAUCAACCCCUUUCUAAAGGAGACUCAGCUUAUUACGGGAUUUCCUCGGCAAGCAUAAACUGUUGGCUACUGGUGCCGAAUUUGCCAACUCGAUCUGCUGCUCACUCCAAGCAAACAGAUUGUUCCCUUGGAUCCUACUUCUUCUCCCGUAUCAUCCCCCACAAGUUCUAUCCCAGGGGUGUUUCUUUCAGGUUGCUGCUGUUUUUAAGAACUAGCUAGCUAGUAGUAGACAAGGGGUGCCAUGUUUCCGUCCAUUGAACCAAGCGACGUCGGUUUAACCGGUCUAUUGUGGCUCUUUGUGAGUUAUGGAUACGUUCUGUAUUAUGCCUCCAACCUCAUUGGGGAAGGAAGCGAACUGCUGCUCCUUGUGCCAUCCAUGGCAGGGCUGGUAGGAGGAGUUGUCUUGCCCGUGUUGGGAGCCGUCCCAGAUGGAGCCAUCAUUCUCUUUAGUGGUCUUGGAACCAAAGCAGUGGCUCAGGAAACGUUGGCUGUGGGAGUGGGGGCUUUGGCUGGAUCCACCAUUAUGCUUUUAACCGUUCCCUUUGCCGUAUCAAUCUAUUCCGGUCGGGUCGAUAUCGUCAAUGGCACCCCUAACUACAAGGGAAAACCAAAACUAACCUACAAAGAAUCCUUCAUGUUCGACUUGAAGCAUACCGGGGUCAUUGUCACGGAACCCGUCAAACACGGUGGCAUCAUCAUGGCAAUUACCACAAUUCCCUACUUUUUAAUUCAAGUUCCCGCCCUGUUUCUGCACGGACCCACCGAAGAAGUAGCCGAAGGAGAGCAUUGGUGGGCAGGUUCCGGCAUGAUUGUUUGUUUGGUCGGACUCUUUGCCUACAUUUGGUUGCAACUCACGAUUUCCAAGAAAGGAGAAGACAAGGGUAAGCGCAUUGCCAUUAUGAAAAAGCUUUUGACGGAGGGCAAGGUGAGCCUAUCCGGAGCCUUAAAGGCCAAUGUCGAGGAAAUGGGUGAAGUAGAACGCAAUGCCGCAACGGAAUAUCAAGCCAUUCAACAAGGCGAUCAAUCUUCCGGGAACUAUCCUCCACCCAAAAUUGCAGAGUACCUGAAAGAAGUCCUGAAAGAUGCGUACUUGGGAUACGACGAAAACAGAAACGGUCUGCUGGAUCCUCGCGAAGUUCAAACCUUCUUUCGCGAUUUUCACGAAAACAUUCGAGAAGAGGAAAUGGACGCUUUGUUCAGGAAAUUCGACACGGACGGCAAUGGGACCAUUUGCUUUGAUGAAUUCAUUGGAAUGGCGUACACCUUAAUCACCGAGGAUAAAGACGAUAUCCGCUCUUCGGUUCGUCCACUGACACAGGGAGUGGCGGAGGGUAUCUAUUCCGAGGACCUCGACGGAGAAGAAGAAGAGGAAGUACCGGAGGAUUUUGCCGAUCUUCCUCCCGAUCAACAACAACUUGCCAUCAAAAAGCGCGCGUUUGUCAUGCUCACGAUUGGAACCACUCUGGUCGUUCUAUUCUCGGAUCCAAUGGUAGACGUCAUGCAGCAGAUUGCAACCAGGACCGGUAUUGAUGCUUUCUAUGUGUCAUUCGUUCUUGCUCCCUUGGCGUCGAAUGCCAGUGAGGUGAUUGCCAGUCAGUACUACGCAGCCAAGAAAACAAGAAAAACAAUGACGGUAUCUUUGUCUGCUUUGGAAGGGGCAGCAUCGAUGAACAACACAUUUUGUCUCUCCAUUUUCAUGGGUCUCAUCUACUUCCGCGGCCUCGCCUGGCAAUACACAGCUGAGACUCUUGCCAUUGUUUUGGUUGAAUUUUUCAUGGCGUAUAUUGUACAAAGGGAGUUCUUGACAACACUGCAAGGGUUCUUCAUCUUGAUGGUGUUCCCGCUGAGUCUUGUCCUCGUCGCAGUGUUGGAGAAGCUAGGCUUUGACUAGACUAACUGUGGUUCUUGGUCGUUCAAGAAGGGGGCAUGUGCAUGCUUGUAAUAGUUUUGAAUGUAGUAACCUUAAGACUCCACCUCUAUUAUUGCUAGUUGUUUCUACUUUUUCUGGUGCC